AUGAGUGAAAAUGAGGAGAGCAUGGGUCUUGCCCCACCUACAAGUGCUACUGACAUGGGCAGCUCGCCUGCGAAGCAGUUGGAUGAGACAGAUAAACAAAUUCUUGAAUGGGCUGGAAAGCUGGAAAUGGAAUCGAUUGAUCUACGAGAAAAGGCAAGUAGUUUAUUAGCUUUGUUGGAGCAGCGCUGUAAUGAGGUGCACGAGACGCAGCAGAGCAUGGUGAGCUGGAAGAAUACGAUUGAUGAUGAGUUAAAAUCAUUCAAGGAGGACGUAUUCCAAGCAAUAAAGGAUAGAGAGGAAUCGAUUGUAUCUCAGAUGAAGCAGGUUAUCUCUGAUUCGGUUGUUUCUGUACAAAAUGCCAAUGCUAACAAACCGUUGCCGCCGGUAGUAGCAGCUUCAAAAUUAACGCCAGAUAUGGACAAGUUUUCUUCCAAGAUCAUCAAGAGCUUUGAAACGCGGCAGAACAAGUGGUUCAAGGAGUUUCAAUCUGCGCAGCAGGUGUUCUAUAACGUGAUGGUCCAGAUGGAUAGGUUUUCAGAGGUCCUUGGGAACAUGUCCGAGGAAUUGCAGCAUCUUUCAACACGGCAGGUACGUGUAGAAGAGUACCUUGUUCGGCAGCAACAGCAGCAAGAACAGAUCGCCAAAAAGCCUUUGCCUUCAACCCCACCACCCAGUUUUGUUGUGACUCGUAAGAGGUCUGCAUCACCGCUGCAUAGCAGGCCGCCUGCACCAAGCAGAACUAAAGACAAAACGCUCCAGACCAGGUAUAUUAUUCCCUGGGAGGAUAUAUCAGACCAGGAGCUAUGA